AUGAGUGUACAACAACAACAAACGUUGUUUGAUAUUUAUGGGGAAGCAGGACUUCCUGUAGAAUUGGUUACAUUAAAUGUUUUAAGAACAAUAAUUUCGGGAAUUGGCAUUUUGUUCAAUAUUUCUUUGGUUUUUGUCACUGCAAAGACCAAGUUAGCUUAG